CCAGCCAGCUAUGUCCCUGUUCCCAGUCAGGAACACAGUUUGUAUAGGAGACUUAUAACUACCCAAACUAUGUAAAUAAUAUUAUGUAUUAUGUGGUUUUUGCAUUUUUACCCCCAUUCAGAGACUUUCCUAGCAGAGAAAGCCUUGGCAGAAGAUCACAUGACCCCUGCAGGGAGGCUGCAGUCAGAGAUUUGCCUUCAGAGACGGCCGUGGGGCAAGACACAUUUAGCAGGGAUGCAUUAAGAUUACAUACUGCGGAUCAUGAAGAUCAAAACACAACUUUCUCUUUUACAUCCAGGGUGUCCCAAAUGAUCUCUACUCCUCGUACCUCUUCAAAGAAACCAUCCUCAAACAAGCAAUAUAAAGAUAGGUCUCCUAUGCAUUCCUUGAUAAUUACUCCAUUGGAUGACCUUAAGGCAACUCCUACACCCUCCUUGGAACGGCGGUCAAGUCUAAAGAAGGACAGCUCCCCGGAAGCUACAACUUCAACCUCUGGUCGAAGUGUUUCCUUCAGCACCCCUUCUUCGAUUCAGAUAGGGGAAGCCAGUGGAAGUGCCUGCAGGAAAUUACAGAGUAAGGUGGACAAUCUGCAAAACCUUAUGGAGACAAUGCAAUUGAAAAGCCAAGCAAUGUCAACAAUGAUCAGAUGUCAGGAAAAGAAAAUAGAGCAAGCAAAGGAAAAAGAGAAGAAGCUCUCUAAAUGAAUAUGGGUAUGGUUUUUAAUCACUCAAGAAGUAUCGAGAUUGCACCUCACUGAAUGGAAUGUUAUAAGCCUCCUGUUCUUGC